GAGCCCACCACGGCGGCGAUGCCCCGGUCGGGCGCGCCACGGGGGAAACCCCGCCCAACGGCCACGUGGCAUUCCCUCGCCCCUUGAAGAACGGGUGCGACCCAGAUGAUUUCUUCGACUACUUCACAGAGGAGGAGGUCGACUUCGAGCCCACUCCGGAGCCUUCCCCGAAGCUCCCCCGGUCGGCUCAAGCUGACGUCAUCCCCGCGGUCAGACCUCCCCCCAGUGCGGACAGGCGCCCGGUGCAUCAGCGUCUGGGCAGCCCGGUACGGACCCCCGAGCGCCGUCCCAUCUCGGAGCGGCUAACUGUCCCAGUGCAGGAGGAGCGGGUGCCGAUCGCAGAUUGCCUCGGACCAACCAACCGGCCCAAUCUACAGGGUCGGCUGGGCACUCCCAACCCUUCUCCCCCUACCGGGCCGACCGAGUCUAACCCGGGGGAUCGACUGCUGGCUUUGGCCGCAAAAACGGAGGAGCGGGAAGCCAUCGAGCUGAGCAGCCACCUAGAGGGCUUCUCUUCUCUGACGCUCGCUCCUCGAUCCCGACUCCGGCUCGUGGAGUCGACCUGGGGGGCCCACUGUGCGGACCCCAAUAACAUCUGCCUGGGGCGGACGGAGGACUUGGAUUGCAUGGAGGGGAUUCAGGCGCAAAUUGCGGAGGCAAUGGAGGCGGUCCAGGCCGCUAAGUGGCAGGCAGAUUUCACCAAAGCGCGCGAAGAGGCGCAGGCGAAGGCGGCCGCCGUAUCUUCUGUCCCCACGGUCACCAUCGGGGCCGAGUUCAAGCUGCCCAAGGGAAAGCGCCCCGCGAACAGACGCGGGGGCAAAGGGAAGAAGGGAGCUUUGCGCCCCUCCUCGGGGAAGCAAAAAUUGGCACAGGAUGGAUCACGGACGACCCCUCUGGAAAGGUCGUCUACGACCACUUCGGUCGUCACCACAAAGGCGAUUUCGACCUCCGUCCGGACGGUCUCCCGGAAGUCGCGCUGGGACGUCUGA